UUACAACUGCUUCCGGGUCAGAGGUCAGACGUUCCAGCGCCGCGUAAAUCAUGGUGCAGCUCCGGCCACGCGCUUCCCGAGCCCCCGCGUCGGCGGAGGCGAUGGUAGACGAGGGCCAGCCGGCCUCGGAGGAGGAGGAGGAGGAGGAGGCGGAGCACGGCCUGCUGCUCGGGCAGCCCAGCAGCGGCGCGGCCGCGGAGCCUCUGGAGGAAGACGAGGAAGGGGACGAUGAGUUGGACGAUGAGGCUCCGGAGGAGCUGACUUUCGCCAGCGCCCAGGCGGAAGCGAGAGAAGAGGAGCGGCGAGUGCGCGAGACCGUACUCAGGGACAAGACGCUCCUGAAGGAGAAGAGGAAGCGACGCGAGGAGCUGUUCAUCGAACAGAAGAAAAGAAAACUGCUUCCAGACACUAUUCUAGCGCAGUUAACUACGGCUUCACAGACUGACAUAAAGAAAUCACCAGGAAAGUUGAAAGAAGUGAAUUUACAAAAGAAAAGUGAAGAAUGUGAAAAAGGAAGUAACACCAAGAAAGUUAAAGUACAAAAAGUACAGUCUGUCAGCCAGAAAAGCUACGUUGCUCUAAGGCUGAAAGACCAGGAUCUGAGGGAUUCGAGGCAGCAAGCAGCCAAAGCUUUCAUACAUGAUUCCUUGUAUGGUCCGGGAACCAAGAGAACUACUGUAAAUAAGUUCCUGUCUCUUGACAACAAGAGGUCACCAGUGAAAAAGGCUGCAGCCCAGUUUUUGAAUAAUGCUUGGGGAGUCCAGAGAAAACAAAAUGCGAAGCGGUUUAAAAGGCGAUGGAUGGUCAGAAAGGAUGAAAACUUCUAAGAAGUAAAUUAAAGCUACAUGAAAAAAAUCUGUACUUUGUAAAGAAUUUAAAAUUAUUUUACUUAGAAAA